CUGCUGCUUUGGGAAGCGAGCCUCAGCACCAGCCCCAGCAACCCCGGCACCAUGCGAGCCCAAAUUGAAGUUAUACCAUGUAAAAUUUGCGGAGACAAAUCAUCAGGUAUCCACUAUGGAGUCAUCACAUGUGAGGGAUGUAAGGGUUUCUUCAGACGGAGUCAGCAAAACAAUGCCUCCUACUCCUGCCCUCGCCAGAGGAACUGCCUCAUCGACAGAACGAACCGCAACCGCUGCCAACACUGUCGCCUGCAGAAAUGUCUCGCCCUAGGAAUGUCCAGAGAUGCGGUGAAGUUCGGCCGCAUGUCGAAGAAGCAACGUGACAGCCUGUACGCAGAGGUCCAGAAGCACCAGGCACGCCUGCAGGAGCAGCGGCAGCAGCAGACCGGCGAAGCUGAGGCUCUGGCACGUGUCUACUCAUCCAGCCUGACCAAUGGACUUUCCACCCUAAACCAUGAAAUUGGGGGAACCUAUGCCAAUGGUCACGUCAUAGAUCUACCCAAAGGCGGCCACGGUAAUGGAGGCGGAGUCCCGGGAGGAUACUAUGGCAUGGAUUCCACCCAGCCAUCUCCAGACCAGUCAGGUUUGGACAUGUCGGGCAUGAAGCACAUUAAGCAGGAGCCUGUUUACGACCUGACGCCAGUGCCCAACCUCUUCAGUUACGGAGGCUACCAAGACAGUCAGCUUGGCCCCAACAACGUUAGCAUGGGAGAACUGGACCGUAUUGCUCAGAAUAUCAUCAAGUCACACUUGGAGACGUGUCAGUACACGACAGACGAGUUACAGCAGCUAGCCUGGCAGACGCAUUCCUAUGAAGAGGUCAAGAUGUACCAGAGCAAGCCCCGGGACGUGCUGUGGCAGCAGUGUGCCAUCCAAAUCACCCAUGCCAUCCAGUAUGUGGUGGAGUUCGCCAAGCGCAUCUCAGGGUUCAUGGAGCUAUGUCAGAAUGACCAGAUACUCCUUCUCAAGUCAGGGUGUUUGGAGGUAGUCUUGGUGCGGAUGUGCAGAGCAUUCAACCCUCUCAAUAACACUGUGCUCUUUGAGGGGAAGUACGGAGGCAUGCAGAUGUUCAAAGCUCUGGGUUGCGAUGACUUAGUGAGUGCAGUUUUUGACUUUGCCAAGAGUUUGUGUUCACUGCAACUAACAGAGGAGGAGAUUGCUCUCUUCUCAGCAGCUGUACUCAUUUCCACAGAUCGGCCUUGGCUGAUGGAGCCAAGAAAAGUCCAAAAGCUCCAAGAGAAGAUCUACUUUGCCCUGCAGCACAUUAUGCAGAAGAACCACAUGGAUGAGGACGCACUAGCAAAGCUAAUCAGCCGAAUCCCAACACUCUCAGCCCUGUGCACGCUCCACACCGAGGAGCUUCAGGCCUUCCAGCAACUCCACCCAGAAACAGUCAACGUCCUUUUCCCUCCGCUCUACAAAGAACUGUUCAACCCGGACCCAAACUCAGCCAUGACCAUGCCCAAGUGA